AAUCUAUAUAUGUGCAUGUUUCGUCAGACAGACAUCACAUUUGGCAAGAAGAAGAAAGAUCCCCAUUUAUAAUAUCUGAUUUUGGGUUUUCUUGGGUUCUUCUUGUUUGGUGUUUUUAGGGAAAACUAACGAGAGAUCGUCUUCAUCGUCAACAUGGGAAGAGGUAGGGUUCAGUUGAAGAGAAUAGAGAACAAGAUCAACCGUCAAGUCACUUUCUCCAAAAGGAGAGGUGGGUUAUUGAAGAAAGCUCAUGAGAUCUCUGUUCUUUGUGAUGCCGAUGUUGCCCUGAUUGUCUUCUCUCACAGAGGGAAACUCUUUGAGUAUGCAACUGAUUCAAGCAUGGAAAGGAUCCUUGAACGCUAUGAGAGGUACUCCUAUGCAGAGAGACAGCUCGUUGAUCCUGGUCCUGAAUCAACGGGUAACUGGUCUCUGGAGUUUCACAAACUUAAGUCCAAAAUUGAACUUUUGCAAAGGAGCCAAAGGCACUAUUUGGGAGAAGACUUGGACUCACUGAGUGUGAGAGAUAUCCAGAAUUUGGAGCAGCAGCUUGACACUGCUCUCAAACACAUCAGAUCAAGAAAAAAUCAGCUCAUGUAUGAGUCCAUCUCUGAGCUCCAGAAAAAGGAAAAGGCAAUACAGGAGCAGAACAACAUGCUUGCUAAGGAGAUCAAGGAGAGGGAGAAGACUAUGGCUCAGCAAGCACAGUGGGGGCAGCAAAACCAGGGCCCCAAUACAUUAUCCUUCCUGCUGCCACAGGCACCUCCUUGCAUGAAGAUUGGUGGUGCUACUGCUUAUCAGCAAGAAGAAGAAGCAGCAGAUGAGGAGAUGAGGCGUAACGGGCUUGACCUCACUCUUGAACCAGUGUAUUCGUGCCACCUUGGAUGCUUUGGUGCAUGAAUUCAAACCAGAAAUUAAGACGCUUAGUUUCCAUCUACUAUCUAUACUUGUUUGUAAGUGUUGGAGUAAAGCUACAACCAAGGAGGCACGGGAUUAAGUAACCACCAGACUCUUCUCAGCCCUUCUCCUUUAUCUAUUUGAUAUGACUUAAAAAAACUCAUCAUAAUAAGGUACUUGAAGAAGGGUUGCUUAAACUUAAUUAUCACUUCUAUAUUUCUAUUUAUUA